UUCGUACGAGCGGUAACUUCACAGAGAACGUUCUUCGCUCCUCCGCCUGUCGCCCACAUCAUCAUCAUCAUCAUCAUCAUCAUCAUCAUCAUCAUCAUCAUCAUCAUCAUCAUCAUCAUCAUCAUCAGCCGCAGCAGCAGCAGCUGAAGCAUCAUCGGCAGCAGGAUCAGUGUGAUGAGGCAGCGGAGGAGGGAGACCUUUCUGCUCUGAGACUCUGGAUCAGCCCGCAGACAGGAUGGCUGAUGUUAUGAACUCCUUGGAGCCUGGGACGGAGGACUUCAGCGGAGGAGGAGCAGUAGGAGAUCAGGACUCAAUCUUCCCAGAAACACACGAGAGGUUUCCGAAGCUGUCCAAGAGGCUCCCUUCCAUUGUGGUGGAGCCGAUGGAUGCGGCCGAGGUGGAGAGCGGCGAGCUCCGCUGGCCGCCAGACGAUCCCGGAUCCCCAGACGCCCAAAGUGAGAGACGGAGAGCUGGCGAUCAAACCGCAGGUGAGGAGAAGUCAAAUGCCGGAGAGAAUGAAGAGGCUUCAGGGGUAGAGAUGCAGGAGUCAAACUGAACAAAACCGUAUGAAAUACACUGUUACUCUACAGAGCUGAAUAGCAGAGCGCCUCAUGAGGACAGAACCUGACAGGAAGGUGAAAUAAGGCCGGACGGCCGACAAGCAGAUUUUUAAACGACAGCCUGUUGGGCCUGGAGCCAGAGUUGAGUCAACUUUUAUUCUAAUUUAUGUUUUACAGUUUAAAAGAUUUUAUUUAUGGGGAACCAAUAUUAUGUUCAGCUAGUUUCCAUCACUCUGCUUAAAAGUAGGUAAACUGUAAAGUUGUUUGCUUCAA